AUGAAUUCGCCAUGUUUCGCAACGAGCCCCUACAUUUUCCAUCCUGUGUCUGAAUCGUCGGCGACGGAAUCUGAAGACAGUGAAAAUUCUGGACGCGAAAAGACGGUCGACGGCGGUAACCGAACGAAGAAAUACACCGAUCCGAAGAGAAGAACUAUUAAUAAAGUUAGCAAGAAAAUAUUGAAAGCCAUUGAAAAGCUCACUUGCAACAUCAAAAAACAUAAGAAGGCCAAAAAGGUCGUUGAACCUACUCCGGUUAGAAAUGGUAAUGUUGUUUAUCUGCCGAUUUAUAAUCAGCAGUACACCAAGUUAAGCAAAAUUUUUCAAACCUAUUACAAUGUUAAUUGA